CGGCUAAAUUCAAAACUUUAGGCGUUAGCUUUCGGUUGGAGAAUCGCGCACUAUCUCAAAAACAGAUGUCUUUCGAUAGUCAGUGAAGAUGGAACCUGUGGAUCCAAGAAAGAACGUUGAAGGCACCGGGUGUUCCAAGCGACGCAUUUCUUCUAUUUUAAAGGCACCACGGAAAUCGUUCCUGCGGGACUCAGAGCAACAAGAAAAUGAGGUGGAAACUGCCAAACUGGUUGAAAAGAGAAAUUCGAGGAGAGUGAGUUUUGCUCCAGCCAAUGAUGUUCUGCUGUUUGCCAAGGAUGCCAAGAAUACUUCUCCUGUACGUAACCCUCUUCAAGAGCUGGUGGGAGCAGCCACUGCAACAACACUAAACAGGGUUCAGAUGGUGACAGCUGAGGACACAAGCCCACAGAUCAUGGGUAUAGACUCCUUGUUGAAUGCUCCUCUACAUGCUUCUCAACAAAGAAUAAUGGUCCACUUUGACAGUGGCAGUGGCAUUGGGGAGAAUACAGUCGUGUUUUCCACAGAGGACGCCGACAUGGACAUGACUCACAGUCACACCAUAAACAUCAACAGUGACGCAGAUCUGCUUGGACAUCCAGACCAUCAAAACUACGAUCCGUUACUCUCAGGAGGGGGGAAUGUAGCUGAUGUUUUCACAGAAGUGCCUCUCAGUCAUUUUGUACAAUCAACAAAUCAGGCGUCCGCAUUACUGCUUGAUAAAAAAGCGGAUUCAAGUGUGGAAACGAGAACGGUUUCUACACUGGCUCCUCUUUUGGAUCCUGCCUUUAAAGACUUCCUCGCAAGCCUCUCAAGCACCAGGAUGAAACCUUUGACCUCUGACGACAUAAAAUCAUCCCUGGCUGCAGAUGUUGAUAAAGAAAAUCAGAUGCAAAAACCUCUGAGCAGCAGGAAUAUUGGAGAAUCCUUUAAUGGAAGUGCUUUCCGUCCAGACGAUGAUGUGAGCAUGGACGUGACUGAAGCCCAGACCGGCCGUAUUCUGGGUGCCAACGAAGACAACGACGAUCCUUUUCGGUGUCUCUUUCCAACUCAAGAGAUGUACGAAAAGUCAGAAAGAAAGUCACAAGCCAGAGAAAAAAAACAGCAACAGAGCUGUGAAAGCUUGGAGUCGAACGACCGAAAAGCCAAUAAAUCUUUAAGAAACUUUUCCAUCCACACUCCUCUUGAAAGCAAUACGGUUUGCUCAGGUUUAAAACACGACUUCAGAGAGAAAACGGUUGUGUUCACUGCAGAUGAGUUUAUGGACAUCACUCAGACUCUUACAGGAAGCAUCGCCGACCGCUCUCUGCUGCAGCACAAAAUCCCAACGAAUGACGUCGAGCAAGAAAACUACCCUCUGAGUACAAACAGGAGUGGUGUUGACCCUGCAGCUCCUGUUAAACCUGGAGGGGAUUUCAGCAUGGAUAUGACUGAUGUUCAAAGAUCGGAUGACGUUUUUCAGUUUCUCAUUCCUUCAGAAGAAAUGCAGCCUGUCUGUAAAAGUCAGAAAAGGGAAAUCUUCAAAUUAGGACAGCAGAACAUUGAUGGACCACAGUCAUCUGAUCAUAAAGGUUUAAAAACCUCCUCAAAACUGAACAUGGAGCCACAAAUGCAUCAGUUGAUGGAUAAAGUUGCAGCUCAAGAUGACUACAGAGAAAAAACGUUGCGGUUUUCUACUGGUGAUGACUGUCUGGACGAGAGUCACAGCGUACGCAUCUCCACUGAUAUCAAACCGAAUCCGCUCCAAUACGUCAACAUGGCGCCUUCACGCGAGGAUAAAUCCACCAAAUUCUAUACAGACGACGUCACAAUGGAUUUGACUCAGUGCCUCACCACGAAUAUAGCCACAGAUUUAGCAUCAGACAAAUUUUCAUCCUUACUCAGUUUAUCAACACCAAACAAUUGCGACGCUGAUUCAACAACGAUGGCUGCUACUUCGGGACCAUCUGAUGGAUUUACAGUUUAUCCGGAAGAUAACAUGGACAUGACUGAAGCUCAGACGGGAUGCAUUUUGGAAGCUGAAAUGCUACAUAAACACGAGUCUCUUCAGGCUGUUUUACCCACUGAAGUUAAGCAUCAAAGUGUUCAUGGGAAGGCAGAGAGAAACUUACAUCAACAGCAUAACGAAGAACUUGGAGCAACAAAUUAUACAGAAACUUCAACAAAGAUCUCUUUAAAGACAAUAAUACAACGAAACCAGGUUGAGUUUGAGUCUACAGAUGAAUGCAGAGAGAAAACCGUGAGAUUUGAUGCAGCUGAUGUCUGCAUGGAUGUGACUCGAUGGAGCACAAUGGACAUUAGCAGUGAUUUGCCACUUCCAAACCAGGAUUUGGCUGCAAAUGAAGAGAAAACCGUAAGAUUUGGUGCAAAUGAUGCAGAAAUGGAUAUAACCAGAAGUCACACGGUGGACAUUGCUCAUCAUUUAAAUGUGUUUGUACAUAAUGAAGAGGAUUUGUUACCUGCUGAAGGUGAGAGAACACAGAGGUUUGGUACAAGUGAUGCAGAAAUGGAUGUGACCAGAUGCCACACGGUGAAUAUUACGAGGGAUUUGCCUUUGCAGUCUUUCCCAAAUCUGACCAUUCCUUCAACUGAAGAGAAAACAAUGAGGUUCAGUGCAAAGGAUGCCGAAAUGGAUGUGACCAAAAGCCACACUGUAAAUAUUAUGAGGGAUUUCCCAAAUCUGUCCAUUCCUUCAAAUGGAGAGAAAACUGAGCGUUUCAGUUCAAAUGAAGCAGCUAUGGAUGUGACCAAAAGUCACACUGUCAAGAUUUUCACCGAUUUAAAAAUGCUCUCCAACCAAAACGAGAACUUGCUGCCUGCUGGUGGAGAGAAGACAGUGCGGUUCAACACAAAUGAUGCAGCCAUGGAUAUAACAAAAAGUCACACUGUGAACAUCGUACACGAUUUAGACCUCCCUCCACACCGACACGUGGACGAUUUACCCGCUGAUGGUGAGAGAACUGUAAGGUUUGGGGUAAACGAUGCAGAAAUGGAUGUGUCCAAAAGCCACACAGUAGAUAUUAGGAGGGAUUUGUCUCUGCGGUCUUUCCCAAAUUUGACCAUUCCUUCAAAUGGAGAGAAAAUGGUGCAGUUCAAAGCAAACGAUGCAGCCAUGGAUAUAACAAAAAGUCACACUGUGAACAUUGUACACGAUUUAGACCUCCCUCCACACCAAAACGUGGAUGCGUUACCUGCUGAUGGUGAGAGAACUGUAAGGUUUGAGGUAAACGAUGCAGAAAUGGAAUCGACAAAAAGUCUGACGGGGAACGUUCUUGUAAAUUCAAAUGUGUUGUCAGACCAAACUGUCAACCCGCCGCCUGCUAAAGAAAAGAAUCUGACUUGGCUGGCAGCAAAUGAUGUUACUAUGGAUAUGACUCACUGCCUUAGUGCAAAUAUUGUCAGUAAUCCCCUAUUACACCCUGUUAUGUCAGAUCAAAACCCUGAGAACAUCAACGAUACUCUCGCUAAGAAGGAAACAGACAGUGGGAACCGUGGUCUGGAGUCAAAUCCACCUUCAUCAACACAACCUGAUCUGUUUCAGACGAGCUGUGCCCAGAGCGAGGCUAACAGAAACACACCAUUAUGUCCAGACUCAAGUUAUUUUCCAUGUGAAACAAAGGAACCCGACACUGAUCCUGAAAAUGAAUCCUCAAGCUUGGGCUCAGAUGGGGGCAAGCCAAUAAAUAAAACCAACACUGAGGAAAUCUGUGCAAGCGUGGAUCAAACCGAACCCUUGGCGUCAUCCACAGAUGAUCCACCUCAAGGUGUUUCUUCCACACAAAACCCUCAUUCAAAACUUCUCAAGGAAUCUGUGUCUGAUGAAUAUCGACCUGAAGCAGAAACGCAGGCCGUAUCCCAGAAGAUGGGAAGCUCACCCAGUAAUGCCGAUGUUGUGUCUUCGGAGAUGUCCAGACGAAAGAGUUUAGCCGAUCUCCACUCUAAAUUCAAACGCUUGAGCCAGUUGAUAAAUGCGGCUCCCGAUCCUGCUGCCGUGGAAACCUGCUCAGCUUCGUUGCUUCAUCUGGAUCCCAACAUGGAAAAAAAUGCCAAUGACGCAGAAGCAGAGCAACUCUCUGCUGCAACCAGUUCAACUCCUUUCUGCUUAAAGACGAAACAGCUCAUGUCAAGGCUGUCGGUGGGAGGCUUUAAGCCAAAACUCCCUAAAAGAAACACAGCGGAUGAGUUGAAUAAAUCUGCUGUUAAAGAACCUACAAAGACAUUCACUGUCAGCGUUCCCAAUCAGCUGAGCCAGUUUGAUAAAAUCACUGAUAUUCACGAUGAAGAACUUGUUGACUGCGAAGAUUUUUCUGAAACGAUUGACACCAUGACGCCUGACAAGUUCUCUAAGAAAGACAACUCGUCCAAUCAGUUCUCCACGUUCCAGCCUUUGGAGGAAGAUUUUGCUUAUGUGGACGACUUCACGUCCAGCAGCCAGAGACAAAAGAGAUCUCUGCCGGAAAAUGAAGACGAGACAGAGGAGGAUGAGAAGAGAAAGAAGACGUGCACAGAGUUCACUGGAACGGCAUCUCAGUCUGAUGUUGACUAUGAAAACAACAUGGCCGCUGCUUGUGCACAGACCAUGAACUCCCCCAGCAACACAACUAGCAGAUGUGAAAUUGCAUCAGAGUCUACUUUCAAACACAGCCUGUUUGAAUCCCAGCUUGAAGACUGCGGCAGUGAUGGGCAAAAAAAACUCCAAGAUGGCACAAUCACAGUUUUGGAGUUCUUCAAUCUCUUCAACAUCGAUUUUGUCAUCCACAAUCCUCGGCAGAGCAUCCUGCCUGGCAGACUUCUUGACAACUCGGAUGCAACAGCUUUGGAUUUAUUAAAAGAUAAACAUAUAAGCCGACCAAAACAAAUGGUGUAUGAGGCAGAUGUCAAGACCCUCACAGAAAAAGUGGAAGGGCUGAAGUAUCGAAUGCAAGAUUUAGGAAAACCUCUUAAGACUGUAAAUAGAUCUUUGUGGGAGGAAGUGAAUCACUUCACAGAGAAAGAGCUCAAGUCUUUCGGCGCUAAGCUAAAGGAGAGAAACAACUUCUUCAGAAAAACCAGCAAAGCUCAGAGUCAUGAGAUGAAGGAGGAGCUCUACGCAAAACUCGUUAGAGUUAAUAUGGAGGAACAAGAAAAACUGAGACAAACAAUCAGUCAGGCAGAUGAGAUGAUUGAAACUCUGGACGGCUGUAUCGGCGAAUUAGAAGCAGAACUGGAUGCAGUUUUGGAAAAAGGCUCCGAAUACAAACCUAGUAUAAAAUCACUAGAGGAAGAAAUGUCAAAGGUCACUGAGACUUUGGCUGACCAUGAAAGACAAACAUCUGAACUGGAGUUGGAGAUAAAGAAGAAUUCAAGUGAGCUAACGAAGCUGAUAGCUGAAGAGAGGAAACUGGAAAACUUCAUCGACACCCUGGAGGAGCUGAAUGAAUGGAGGCUUGAAAAGAAAGACGACAAGAAAGACAACUCUUCAGUUUUCUCUUUCCUCCACAAGACCAUGUUCAUGCGGUUGGAUUAUGAAAAGACCGAGGGAAACGACGCUGACAGCCAAUCUGAGAGGAAAAUAAAAAAGAUCAGAUUCAAGUUUAAUCUCAGUGAGGAGAAGUCGGAGUGUCACGCUCGUCUGGUUCAUAAACUAGUCUCCCAGUUCAUUGAGGGAAAGUCUGACUGGGUGGAGAAGUAUCCCACCAGGGGCCACGUCCCAAAGCUUCUCCAUGACGUCAGCUUGGUGGUGAGCCGCUGCCGCCUGGUUGGAGACGAGCUGCGGCUCCUGAAGAUGUGGGGAAGUCUUCCCUUUGAUAUCCUCCACAUCAGCUGCUGCCAGACCGAAAUCCGCGUCGUCUUCAGCAGUUUGAAAACGCUUUCCAAGUUUGAGGUGGUCUUCGGUGUCAGGCUGACUGAGCAGAUCUGCGUCUUCCAUGUGCAAAGCUUUAAAAACCUGAUCGGAAACACAACGAUGCAACAGAUUGAGCAAAUUGUUGCUUCGCUAAGUCCAGGAAGGAGCCUGUUUACGAGGAUCAUUAAGAAACUGCAUAAAACUCUUCUUUCCACGGAUCAAAACAUCUGAGAUUGUAUUAUACUUUUGGCUGAUUUUUUUUUUCUUUGUUUCUUUGUGAAUAAAGUUUGUUCCAUUGUGUUUAAAAAUAAUGUUGAAAGUUUCUCUUUU